AUGUGUUUCCUCGCGGCUGCCGUGCUCGUCGCAGCGUCAGCACUCACAGCCGCGGCCGACGUGCGCUCUGUGCUCGUUCGCAUCGGCGUGCGAGGUGCGGCCUUGAGACGGCUGGCCGAGCGCGCAGCCAAGGCACCAGGCGGCAUGUCGGCAUCGGCAGCGGCGCUUGAGCAGUCCAUCUCCGAGCUUGACGCGGCGGGCCUUGCUCCCGACCGCCUCGCAAAGCUGCUGGCGAGGCAGCCGCGUGCGCUACCGCCGCUGCUGUCGCAUUCGCCGGCCGCGCUGCUCGCCGCGCUGCGAGACACAAAGGGGCUCCCUCCCGCCGCGCAGCUGAUCGCGGCGGAGCCGCUGCUGCUGACGCUCGACGACGUGAAGCUGCGCGCUGCGCUCGACUACCUCGAGCCCUUUGUGUGCGCCGCCAACCGGUCGGCGGCAGAGUUCGUGGCACGGCAGCCGCAGGCGCUGCUCUGGCGCGCCGAGGCCUCCUCCCCCGUGCUCGAGACGCUGCGCGAGAUGGGGCUCGACCAGCGCGCGGUCGACAGAGUCUCUCGCUGGUCGCCGGCGCGGCAGCUCGCCUCGGGCGACGGCGCGCGCCGUUCGCUCUCUUGGCUCGGCCGGACUCUCGGCCUCGACGCCGCGGCGCUGGGGCGACUGGUUGCGUCCUUCCCUCCCGUGGUUGGUCUCGAGCCCGCGCGCCUCGCCGCCUCGCACGCCUUCCUCGCUUCCGAGGCGGGGGAGGCGGCCGCCGUAGCGGCGCUCGUCCGCUACCCGCAGCUGCUCAGCGUCUCGGUCGAGGCGAACCUGAGGCCGACGGCGGACUACCUCCGUUCGCUCGGCGUCGACGUCGGGCGCGUUGUCCGCUCGCACGCCAUCACGCUCGACUUGUCGCUCGAGGCGAACCUCAAGCCGACGGUGUCCUUUCUGCAGCGGGAGGGCGUCGAGGAGUUCGGCCGCGUCCUCUCCUCGCAGCCGUCGCUGCUGUCCCUCUCGACGCAGUCCAGCCUGGCGCCAAAGUGGGACUUCCUGCGCUCGCUCGGCAUGGCGCCCCUCGGACCGCUCCUAACGCAGUACCCCGCGGUGCUCACCCUCUCCCUGGAGGCCAACCUCCGUCCCACCGCCCUCGCCCUCGCCGAGGGGCGGGCGUGCUGUCACCUCCCGACCCGACCCUCCGGCCACGCCACCUCGCCGCGUCGCUCGAGCGACGCAUCAAGCCGCGGCUGGCGCUGCGCGGUGACCACCGCCUCCGAUGUUCAUUUCUGCAAGCAGGUUCACCUCCGCAUGGAGGACCGCCCUUCGGGCACCAUCACGCCCUCCGGGCAUACUCCGAACUCCCACACGCCAAUACACGCGCGGCCGGCGCCUCUCAUGCCCUUCUCCAGGCACACCGCGUGA